AGAAAUGUGAUGGCUAAUAACAAAUAAAAUUCAUUUAAUUUUACCAAAUUCUAUAUAUUAUUUAAUACUUAUGUAUGCUUUUAAGAUAUCAUUCCUUCAGUCGUAUCGUGUAUGCUUGACAGACAUACCACAAAGUAUGAAGUACAAGCCCACAUAAAUAAAUAACUAUACACAAUAAUAAAGUAAAUUCCAGCUUCGUUGCUCUUAUAAACAAAGUGUAUUUGUGACAAACGGCACCAUGCCAUCAUCCGUGUACCACGAGAAACAAAUGCGGCAAUUGUGUGCCCUACAUGCACUAAAUAAUCUAUUUCAAGGAGAUCAAUCGUACACUAAGGCUGAACUUGAUGACAUUUGCAAUAAUCUCAGUCCCAAUGUUUGGAUUAAUCCACAUCGCUCGGUCCUUGGACUAGGUAAUUAUGAUAUUAAUGUCAUAAUGACGGCGCUACAAAAACGCAAUUGCGAGGCAGUAUGGUUUGACAAGCGAAAAGAUCCGUCUGUCAUUAAUCUGGAUGCCAUCGUGGGCUUCAUACUCAACAUUCCUUCGGACUACAAAUUCGGUCUGAUAACGCUGCCAUUGCGAAGACGCCAUUGGAUUGCUGUGCGUCGCAUUGGCGAUUAUUACUACAACUUGGACUCGAAGCUGCGUCAACCCGAAUCGCUGGGCAAUGAAGCCGAUAUGCUACAGUUCCUAAGGGAACAGCUCGCCCAGGAGGAUCAUCGUGAGCUGUUCCUGGUGCUGGAGCGCAGUCCAAAUGAGGACACUGCACAGCGUUGGCUCAAGGAAUCGGGUUGAUCCGGACACUAAGCCAUCUCUCUAGUCAAUAGCUCAAUCUAAAAAGUUUCUAGUGUACAUAUUGUAUAUAUAGCAUUUAAAGACUUCACUGUGUGAAGAAACUCUAUGUUUACAUUCACAGUUGAAUGAAUAAUUAAUAAACAAACGUUGCAACGGAGAAGUAUCUACGAGACGGAAAAGGGA